ACCCUGUCAAUCCGGAUAUUUUUACCGAGUACUCGACUAUCGCUCGACAAAAGCAUCCGAGUAUUUGACUAUGCUAUCCGAGUAAAUUGACAUACCUAAUUAAUAUAUUACAGUGUUUAGGCACUAAUCUGAAAUCUCCACCUUUGUUUUUCGUUUCUACAAAACUGAUGUAUAUAAUUCCCUUUAUUUCUUACUGGAUUUAUUUCAUUCGCUGCGGAGUGAUUUGGGUCAUAAGAUCGGUACUAUAAAAGAAACAAACCAAACCUGCUGAUCCAUUAUAUGAAAAGACGAUCGUUAGUUUCGACAUCGUCUUGAAAGUUGCUCUAGAGAUGUAUACGUUUAAAGUAUAUCUACUCGUAGUUCUUAUUCGAUGUUCCGAAACGUCAUCAUCUUCAGAUUUCGGCAUCUUCAAGGAAGAAUAUCUAAAUCCCAAGAGUGUGGAUCACAGAAAGCUCUCAGGACGGUGGUAUGAGCACAUGGAUACGUUAAAUAACACCCUCCGAGAUGACACCUUCGUAGAUUAUGUGGUUCUUUGCGAUGGAAGAAUUAGAUCAGUUCAGAUCCUUAAUCGUUGGAUUUCGUCUCUGGAAGAGUGUCGGACAACAGCGGUAGCAUUUCAACCCGAAAAGUCAGAUUCACCCGAUGGAUUUAUUAUGCGGAUGUCCACAAAUGAGACCUUAGGAAAGGUUACAAUUAAAUAUCUUGAUCUUCAUCCAACUGAGGGAUUUGUUGUCAUACACCGACACACACAUCAUCUUCCCGACAGUUACCUCAUUUCAACCCGCCGGAGGGAUCCCCGUAACCUCGACGAAGUUAUCAAACAGGCUCUACUGGCUCUUCAUCUGGAUAUUGGGAACUUCUUUGUCAAAUCAAAGGACUUCGGUUGUGAAAGAAGAGAAGAGAAUGGAAUCAAGCUGUAAAUAAUGAAAUAAAGUUAGAACGAGUUUAUGGAAUCGUUAACAUUUCAGUGAAUUCCAUUACAACUUACAACGAUGCAAAAUAUCUUAGGUGAUUUGAAUGUUUGUUCUCGUUUCAAUUUAAUAAAUGAACAAGUAAAUCAAGGGAGUAGAUUCGUGGGGUACAAACUGUUCUUUGUACUAUG